CUCGCCUUCGCCCUUCGCCCACACCACACGCGUUUCCAAGCGCCGCUUCUUCCGCCCCCGCGCCGCCCCCGCGCUAUAUAACCCGCGGCCUCCCCGGCCAGGCAGGUUCAUACUCAUACACGACCUCCGCAGCGAUCUCAUCUCAGUUCUCACAAGUCUGUCCACCAGCUAGCCGUCGUGCGUCAACCACCACGUACAGUUCGAUCCUUCCUGGUCUCGACCGGCGGCCGGCCGCCAUGGGCAACUACAUGUCGUGCACGCUGGCCAAGGCGCCGGGGUCCGGCGGCGGCGGCGGCGGCAAGUGCGCGAGGGUGAUACUCCCGGACGGCGGCGUCAGGCAGGUGCCGCUCCCGGCGACGGCGGCGGAGCUGAUGAUGGACGCGCCGGGCCACUUCCUCUUCCUCGUCGACGCGCGCGGCAAGCCCAGCCUCGGGGCGCGCCUCGCCGCGGUGCCCGCGGACGAGGAGCUCCAGCUCGGCGCCGUGUACGCGACCUUCCAGAUGAAGCGCAAGGGCACGCCGCUGGCGGUGGACGACGUGGCGCGCCUCGCGGCCGCCGCCGCCGAGGCCACCAGGGAGGCCCGCCGGUCCUCCGCCAAGGUGGCCAACGCCGUCGUCGCGCCGCCGGCGGCACUGGCGGCUGCUGCCGAGACGGUGGCGGAGGACGCGCCCUGCUGCAGGCUGCGGUUGGAGGAGAUGGUGGACGACGAGGUGGCCGCGGAGAUCGGCGAGUUGAAGCACCGGGCCAGCAAUGCCCGGUCCAGGAGACCCACGCUGGAGACCAUAGAGGAGGAGUACAUGUCGUCGAGAUAGCUACCAAGACAUGCAUGGCGUGGCAAAGCUUUUUUUUUUUUUUGAUACUUUGUGAUUCAUCAAGCAUGUGCUUCUCUUUUCCGUUGCAUUUUUGGAGGAUUAUUCAGUUCAACUGAAGCUCCAAAAUUUAUGUGAUGGAAAGUAAGUAAAAUGUACAGCCAUUUUGGUAAAAAAAAACAUAUAUGAAGUAUAUAUACUAGUAUUACUAGUCAGUUGCUUA